AUGAGGACUGUGAAGAAAGGCACUCCACUGCCCGCUCUCGGAGAACCAAUUCUCGUCGCCAAGCUACAGAAAAUCCCUCGCAAGAGCAGUCCACCAACACGCCUCCUAGGCAGCGCAGACGAGAGGGUCAACCCUCGUAGACCAACGAUUAGGUUAAUCAGUGUCGCUCGAAUCGCGAAGGUCGCUAACGUGAUCGACCAGUAA